AUGUCCUCAUUCACCUCCCUCGCCCUGACCCCGACGCCCGUCGUGAGCUUCAACAUCGCGACGCCGAGCCGCACGCUCGACGCGGUGGCGGCCAGCGGGUGCUUCAACAUCCACGUGCUGGCGGACGACGCGGGCGGGGCGCGGGUGGCGGACUGGUUCACGGGGGGCAACGCCGAGGGGCGGGGCGCGUUCGAGCGGCUCGUUGAGGAGGGUGGUGGUAUCGUUGGUGGUGGUGGUGGUGGUGGUGGUGGUGGUAAGGAGGCGCCGGUGGGGUUGGUGAGGGUGAGGGAUCAUGUCAUUGUGCUCGGGGAGGUGUUGGAGAUCGUGGAGGGUACUGGGGCGCAGAGGGAGAGGGAGGAGAGGUUUGGGUUGUUGUACACAGAUAGACGGUACAGGCAACUCGGGGACUGCAUCACCCCCGGCGAGGAGCGAAAACGGUCAUAG